AUGCUGCCCCAGCUACCGUUCCGCGGCGAAACUCCCACAACAGAGCCCCAAGAAGACCCUGGCGCUCUCACGGAGCGCCGCAAUUAUCCUCCAUCCUUGUCGUCAGAAGGCACGGCUGCUACCUUUUCACUGGAUGAGCUCAGUGCUCGCUGCUCGACCGACCUCUCCGAACUCAACUCGCAGGGGUCAUCGUUCCUCCAUCAUGUCUUCAUCGGUGCUCCUCGAGCCCAAUCUUCGGGCACUGCGCCGUUGGCUGCGCAACGUUCAGAUUCCCAAAGCGAUGACUCACCAGCCCCUGAAAGACCGACAACCACUGUGGUGAUCCCAAAGGCCCCUCAUUUCAAUAUCAGAUCAUCUGCAUUUCGUUCAGCGAAAAGCCACUUCGUCGAGGUUUACUUGGCUGGACCAGCCAGUUCUACAGUAGCCUUUUAUCGACGUCUCCUGGAGAUAUGUGACCUCAGCAUACUCGAUUUCAUAGAGUCGCUGCAUGCCUACUUUGAUUUUCCGGCAAUCUAUCGUCCCUUCAUUCCAGAGGAUGCCUUUUGGCAGGAUUUUCAUGCAGAUCGGUGUGGUCCAGUCCUUCUCCUAGCCAUUGCCUGUCGCGGGAUACCAUGCACAGGGGUGAAAAACAAAGAGAAGAAGCAGCGGCGCCUCGCCACAAUGUUUCAAGCAGAGUUCAUGAAGGCUAUGACCCCCAAAGCUCGCACCAGUCCGGUCUGCCUUGAUGUUCUAGAGGGGAUGGCCCUUAUGGUCGACUUCAAUUAUGACUACGCACACACACACGCAGAUGACCCCUGGAAUCUGUUCAUGACACACGAUGCCCUCGUGUUGUUGACUUUGCAGUCUCGAAAACGCGGCCCCGGGGACUUGGAUCCUUCGGCAUCGUUUGCAAGUGCUGACGAGCGUUUUACACUUCUUUAUUGGAACGUGUUUGGCCUAGAUGCUUUUGAAUGCCUCGAUGACAAGAGCAUGUCUCUUAUUUCAGAUGAUGCGUUUACUUUGACCGAGGAUCUUCUAAAUCACGAGGCCGGAAGCUAUCUCGAUGCCAUUCUCAGCUUGUCCAUUAUUGCGCGUCGGAUUGCCGGGAAGCUGUGUAACAUCACCGCCGAAGCCGCCGGUAUCGCUUGUGAAGAUAUUCCCGUGCUCCACGAGCAGCUUUCCCAUUGGCGCCACAACACCCUGCCGUUGGAGUUGCAAAGACCGAUAGACAGAGAGAAUGAAUUUCCUGCAGAGCAUCGCACUACCAGAGAAUCUACUCCUAUUCCAGUGGGCAGACAGGUUCGCCUUCAACGAGCAAUACUAUGGGCACUUGAGAUCCAUUGUUAUCUGCAAAUCGACGACUGUGUUGCCCAGUAUGGCUUGAAGAAUGGAAAUUCAAUCCAGGCGGAAAUUUUCAAUCUCAAGUGUCUGCAGGUUGUCCUGGAAGCGGUCAACAUGGCCAAUACAAUUGAGGAGUACUGUCCUGGGGAUCAAAAUUCGGAAAAGCCCUUGGUAGAUCUUGCACCAUCCAUACUGCGAAAUGUUUGUGCCGGCUUGUGUUGCUGGGUUUGUUCGCGCGGCAUGGAAUCGUGGGAGCUACACGAACCACAAGUUCUAGACUCUCAUUCAUCUUCCCAUGAAGGCAGACUUCAGACUCUUGGAAAAGACACUAAAGCGCAGCGGAGGGCAGAUUAUGCAGAACUUGCGAAGACAUUCCGGGAUUCCGUAGCCGCUGCUUCGUCACACAGAGACACAAAGCAGAUACUCGAGCGCCUCGAUGAUCAGAUCGCCCCUUUACAGGAUUUCUGA